CCUUAAGAGAGUUACUGCUGUUUGAAUGAAGGCUGGUGUUUAUGUGACACCAGAUCAGAUGGAGCAGUGAUUGAUUCAUGUGAUAGUGCGUCCUGCCCCGGAGCGACACUUCAUUACACUACCACUACUACUACUACUACUACUACUGCAGGAGGUAUCACGCGUUUACCGCCUGUUUCAUCCUGCAGGAGUAUGAAGACAUGCGCGUGUGUCGAUUAGAAGGUGUUGAUGGAAACGCAAAGCCUCGCAAAAGUGCUCAAACGUAGUGAUCUGUGUCAUCUUUUGACCACAAACUCCAAUCUGUUUGGAUUUGAUGGGAUUCACCAACAUCGACCCCUAACAGGUAAGGAUGUCAAAGUCCAGACAAAACCAGAAUUGAGGAUCUCUGCCCCUCCUCUCAGAAAUACGCAGCUAAAUGUGGGGUGCUUGCACGCCACACUGUUCAGAUUUCCACCUUUUUUUCUUUUUUUUUUAAGACAAAUGCUCCCUCCGCUCCAAACUUCUGCACUACUUCUCUGCUCUGCAGUUGUUCCCACUGCCGCGUGUGGGCGGGGCUCCAGCCUGACGAAUCGCUUCUCUGUUUAAAUAGUCAAGUUUCCUCCUUCGCUCACAUCUCUCUUUAACGCCAUGUUGGCUGUUAUGGCUUGACUUGUUUUCAUCAGACUUUUUACUACGAACCUGACAGGAGUGGUUGCGUGAAGAAGAAAAAAAAAAAAAAGAAGAAAAAGCACCCCCACCCCCCACCCCCCCCCUUUCUGGAGACCAUUCCGGGUUUGUUUUUUUUUAUUAAGGCGUAAUUUGGAUGAUAGGCGCGGAGGAUGUCUGCGUCGUUCGUGUGACAUUGUAUUUGGAGGGAAUACUACUUUGGAAUAGCAGUUUUUAAAGGGACCGACACCUUGUUUUUUUUUUUUUUUUCCUUUCCUUUUGCUGCGGGUUUUUUUUUUUUUUCCGUUUUACUUCUCUCUCGUCAUAUGUGCAACAACAUGUCAGACGUUCGCCUCUCUAACGCGAGCCCCACGGUGGAGCGGGUGGACGCGCGGCCGCCGGACAACGCCAGGUCGGUCCGCAGGGUGCUGUUCGGCACACCUGACCCGGAGGAGACGCGGAAGCAAGCGGAGGCUCUGCAGCGGCAGUCCGUGGAGGCUUUUAGGGACACGUACAACUUCGACCCGGUGGAGGACAGGCCGCUCUCUCCGGGGCUCUACGAUUGGCAGGAGGACGAAGACGCGCCGGAGUUUUACCGCAGGCCGCCGCGGGGGAGCCAGCCGCCCCGGGGCGAGGCAGGCGAAGGCAGCCCGGAGACGAGGAGGGAGAGGCGGUCGGCUCACACUAACGGUUCGCGGAAACGAUCUUCAGAAUCUGCAGGUCAUUGCUCUGACGAUUGCACGAGUAACGGCAAGAAGUCGCGUUCCGACAAAGACGACGAUGAAGAGCAGGCGCUCGGUGCAGGAAGCCAGGCAGAGCAGCAGCAGGAGGAGGAGGAGGUCCCAUGCUGAACGGUGCCAGAGCGCUGAGACCUGCCGCUGGAGGCUUCCUCACCAUCUGACAGAAGACGUGGAGAAAAACAAAGCAGCUUUAUCGGAAAGAAGGGAGGAGGAUCAGAAGGCUGCACAAGCACUGAAUAUGUACACUAUUGACUUUUGGCACUCAUAUUUUUUCUAUUAUAAAAUUGCCUCAAAAGCAGCAGACAAUGUAGCAGUGUGCAAAUUUAAUUUUGCUCAUACUUUUUAUAUAUGUGUAUCUAAAAAUAUAUAAAUAUAUAUAUAUCUACUACCUAUGUUUCAGAUGUAGCAAAUAAUUGGUUUUCAUACCUUUUUUUGUGUAAAUGUGUGUAUGUGUGAGUUUGACUCAGGGAGUUGCAGUGCAAUUCCCAUCAGAGAAAUUUGAAAGUUAUUUAGUAUAAAACAAAAAAUGCUAAUUUGUGUCAUUAUUCAGGUAUUUCAUGUAAGUUUUUAUUAUUAUUAAUAUUAUUCGAGAGAAAGAGAGAGAGAAAAAAAUGCAGAUUUCAAACAUCAGGGUCACAUGGAAGCAAAAAUGCUCACUUUUUCUACAGUGUAGAUGUUGAAGGCCCCACCUGGUCCGCACUGUGUAAGACGAGGAUCCAUGAAACUGGGAACAGCCAUGAUAGAUAAAGUUUACAGUCUUCUUAUCUUCCCUGUUUUUAUUUUAUUUCAUUUUUUUUUUCCAAAUGGGAUCAGGUUUGGGAGGGAGGAGAGUUAAAAUUCUUAAAACUGCUGAGUAAUAUCCACCGUUUUUUUUUGUUUGUUCUUUUUUAAAGAAAUGUUUUCAAAUAAUCUCAAAACAUUUUAUUUUGUAAAAUUCGGUGACUUUCUAUUUCAAUGACGUUCUUGCUCCCCCCCUCCGUAGGUAGGUGUGGUCCAGGGUAACAUAGACGGAAAAAUAUGUUAAAACCACUGGGCUUUCUUCUUUAUGCAAAUAUGUGAAUCAAAGAAUGGUGUUUGUGGCGUGACAUUCAUGUGGAACAUGUAAUUAAUUGCACUAUUCAUUCUCAUUUAAGUGAGGGCAGAAAUACAAAGUGACACCCCCUCGCUUUGUGUAAAACUUUGAAGUGUUUUUUUUUUUUUUUUUUUUUUUUGAAAAACACUGUAAGGCUAUACUAACUUAUUUAUGUCUCUUUUUGUGGGUUAAUGUUUAGCUUUCCAAAGCAACAUUUUGUGCAUUCUUGUAAAUAUAUAUUUUCAUCAUUUUUUUUUUUUUUUAAAGAUGAAUAAAUAAAAUUGCUAAA